AUGGCGAGAGAUCGUUCGUGGAUGUAUGGUAACGUUGAUUCGUCAGAAUUUGUGGAUGGGGUACUGGAAUUUUGUGAUUCUGCCUUAGAACAUCAAGCUAGGACGAGAGAAUUAGGAUUUUAUUGUCCUUGUGUCAAGUGUGGCAAUGUGUUCAAAGUGAGCGAUAUUGAUUUGCUUAGGGAGCAUGUACUUCGUCAUGGGUUUAGGCCGGAAUACCAUGUAUGGAUUUGGCAUGGUGAGGAGGGAGUAUAUGAAGGGAAUUAUCGUGCAAAUGAUGUCCAUGAACAAGAAGACGUGACUCAUGCAUUUGAGAAAAUGGAGAAUGAUAAUGAGCACGAGGAUGAUGAGGAUGAUGAGGAUCAUGUGGAUGACAUGAUGACAGGUUUCGAGGAUGAGUUAGGGAAACAUUCUCGUGUUUUUAAGUCUUUGACAAAGGCAGCUCAAAAGCCACUGUAUCCUGGCUGUAAAAAGUUCACCAAACUGUCUGCCGUGUUGAUACUUUUCAACAUCAAAUCCAAGGGAAAUUGGACCGACAUUAGUUUCACUUCCCUGUUAGAAGUGUUAAGUGAGAUGUUUUCCGAUGGCAACGAACUUCCAAAGUCGACCUAUUAUGCUAGAAAGCUCAUGUGGCCCUUUGGCUUAGAGUAUAAGAAGAUACAUGCUUGUCUGAAUGACUGCGUACUAUAUAGGAAUGAAUAUGACAAUUUGGAUAAGUGCCCUCGGUGCGAGAUGUCACGAUAUAAACGUGAAGGAGAUGGAGAAAAGAAAGGGCCCCCAGCUAAGGUAUUGUGGUAUCUUCCAAUAAUUCCUAGAUUCAAGCGCUUAUUUUCCAUAAAGAAAGAUGCAAAAAAUUUGAGAUGGCAUACAUACGGAAGGAAGAAAGAUGGUUUGUUGAAACAUCCGACGGUUUCUCCUGAGUGGAAGAGUAUUAAUAGGUUGCAUAAGCCAUUUGGGGAUGAAGAUCGUAAUUUGAGGCUUGGGCUAUGUACAAAUGGAAUGAACCCGUUCGGAAUCUCUGGUCCUAAAAAACCUGGAAAUAACAUAGAUGUCUACCUUGCACCGCUUGUCGAUGAUUUGAGAAAGCUAUGGGAUGAAGGGGUUUCUGUUUUUGAUGCUCAUACUAAUGAGAUGUUCACAUUGCGUGCAAUGCUUUUCUGCACCAUUAACGAUUUCCCUGCGUACGACAACUUAUCCGGAUAUAAGAAUAAAGGAAAGAAAGCAUGUCCAAUAUGUAUCGAUGACAUGGAAUCCACAUGGAUUCCUAAGUGCAAACAUGUGUACAUGCCCCAUCGAAAGUUUCUACGACUGCACCACCCUUUUUGUAAGAAGAAGAAUGCAUUUGAUGGGAAAGUUGAAGAGAGAGUAGCUCGUAGAGCGUUGACUGGUGAAGAGGUUUAUGAGCAAGUUAAGGGUGUUGAAACGAUCUUUGGUAAAACAAUGCAAUAG